CCUAACCCGGGGAGGGAGAUUUCUGGUGCUGCAAAUUAAUUACUGUAUUAGAAUGGCGACGAAAAUCAUUAAGAAAGCGAUAACCCCAGUCUUACUAGCGUAUACGAGGAAGACUCCUCUUAGAAAUUACAGCUCUUCUUCUUCCAUCUUCAUCACCCCGCAAUUGAAGAACAGCAUUGCCCGUAAUCUAAUUUAUUGACGAGCUCUAAAUCUCCAGCUGUUCUCUUCUCUUUCUAAGAAUAAAAUGAGACCGUCUAGUUCUGAUCAAAUCAUAUGUGCUGCUGAGGUGAAAGCUGAAGAUCUUCUUCACAAGACACCAAGUGAUUUUCCCUUCAAAAUUGAAGACAAACCAGGAAACCAAACCGUAACAUUGACUAGAAAAUAUCGGGGUGCUGAUAUCAAAGUCAUAGUUCACAUGCCUGCUGAUCAUUCCUCUACUGUCGAAGAAAUGGGUGAUGAACUGGAUAGCGAGAAUCAUGACCAACACAAGGAUAGUAUUGUUAGUGAUCCGCAGUCCAGCAUUCGAUUAGUUGUAACUGGUACGAAUUCUCUUGGGACUACGUUGGAAUACGGUGUCAUUGCCUAUCCAGAUGACUUUUUGAUUGACAGUUUCUGUGUCAAGUAUGCAAAUGCUCCGGAUGAAGAAAAUAUAUAUUACAAAGGGCCUGACUAUGCGAAAUUGGAUAAGAACUUGCGGAAAGAAUACCAUAGACGUUUGAAGAUCCUAGGAAUCAUACCCAGCACCGCCAACUUCUUGCAUAAGUACAUGGCUAACAGAGACAUGUGUUUAUCAGAUUCAUCCAAUUCUCCUCCUCCUCCACGUACUACUACUUCUACUGAUCAAUCUACUCCUAAAUCCGUAAAAACAAGACAUAUUUUGUUUAGUGAUGAAGGGCUUGCCGUCCACCGUGUAAUCGAAGUAUACAGACAAAGAGGACAUCCACUUGUCAGUGCUGAUGAUAUCCGGAACAGUGGAAAAGAAUCCCAAGGACUUUGUUUGGAUUCCUUAUCCAUAUACUCGUAGCAGUGAGAAGCUUAUGUGGAUUGAAGUUCCUAGCAAGGGUUUCGACACUCCUCGAAGGUGUUAUUAUGUUUCUUUUUCUUUUAUCCUAGUUGGUCAAAGCCAGAGGACAAACUUUCCUACUUGAGUGAAGUUGAACGUAUACAUCAUGAUGAUGAUUCUAAGUUAUUCCUUGAUGGCGAGGCUUGGGGCGCGAAUCCUUAUAGAUGUUUACCUCCCAAAGCAUUCGGGACCCCCCCUGUUAUCAAUGAAGAGAUGGAUAAGAUAUUGUAUCCUGAUUUGAAACAUGCGACUGAUCCUAAAAAAGCUUGGAAAGAAUGUGGUGCUGCCCUAAAAGCACACAAUGAUGAGAUGGAAAAGAUAAAGUAUCCUAAUGGACGUAUUAAUAUAAGUGAUUCAGAUCUUGAAUAUUAUCAAGUAUAUUGUAUGUAAAUUUGAUAUAGUCAUUUACACUCUGGUGUUUUUUUUGUUUUCUGGAAGUUUUGGUAACUUUUAAUAAAUUAGUAACCAGAAGAAGUGAUUUGUCGAA